GCGGACUUUCUUUGUAUUAUGAGGCACUGGUCAUGAUAACGGCUUAACUGAGAGUGAAAUGACACACGUAAAACCUGCUGAGCUCAUCUGCAUCUGUUUCAUGCUGCUUCACGGGUUUGUAUCAGCAUUGAACUGCACCAGCCCAACUCCUGAAUCCUUGUUUGCUGCACUUGAGAAGGAAGUCUUCUCUAAAAAACUACUGCGACCUGUAAAAAGCUUUUCAAUUCCACUCAACAUAACUAUUGGUAUCACUGUGGUGGGAAUAUUAGGAGUGGAGGAAAAAGCCCAAUCCCUGACAACACUCAUAUGGCAAGUUCUGGAGUGGAAUAUAGAGGGACUGAGCUGGGAUGAGGAGGAAUGUGGAACUACAAGAGUCUCCAUCCCUCGAGAAAAAAUUUGGAUCCCAGACGUCCACAUCUCAGAGUUCAUGGACGAAGACACAUCUCCCAAAACUCCCUAUAUCUACUUAUACAACACAGGACAUGUGUUUGAUGAUAAGCCGGUCAGAGUGGUCAGCUCCUGCCGAUUAGUAAUCUACACUUUCCCCUUCGAUGUUCAAAACUGCUCGCUGACCUUUGGAUCAUAUCUACACUUCACUACAGACGUUAGGAUGAUUCAAGGCAGUACAUCUGAAGAGAUCCUGCAGGAGUCCCUCGAUGUGUUGGAGACCAAUGGGGAGUGGGAGCUCGCAGCUAUCAGUGUAGAUCCUGACGUGCAGCUGGUGUUAUCUGUCGGAAGCUACUCUGAGAUCAAAUACAAUAUCAUUCUGAGACGUAGGCCAACCCUCUACGUGGUGAACCUGCUGAUCCCCAGCUGCUUCCUCGUCACAUUGGACCUCUUCAGCUUCAUGCUGCCUCCCCAUAGUGUGGACAGAUCCUCCUUCAAGAUGACCCUCAUCCUGGGCUACACCGUCUUCCUUCUCAUCAUGAACGACCUGCUGCCUGUCACUGGAGAGACAACACCUCUCAUAAACGUUUUCUUCUGCCUCAGUCUCGCUCUGAUGGUGGCCAGCCUGUUGGAGACGGUGUUGAUCACUAACAUCCAGUUCAGCUCCAGCCAGUACAGUGCGGUGCCUCCCUGGCUCAGUGUCCUCGUGCUACGAUAUCUAUCUGUUGUAGUUUGUCUCCCUUCAAAAAAGAAGAGCAACCGAACUACUGUCUUCCUCUCAUCUAAUAGAGAACCAGCUAAGAAUGUCAGCUUCACCAACAUGUCAGCGAUUCAUCUUAAGAACGUCUCUGGUGAUACACCUCCAGCAAAACCUCCACCUGCCCCUCCGGAGCCGGCCCUGGAUGAAUUGCAGAAGCUGAGCAGUGACCUCAAGGCCAUCCGCCUCCAGGUGGACAAACACUUCAAGGAGAGCAAUACCUCGCAGGAAUGGCAAAUGAUCGGGAUAGUCAUGGACCGUCUGCUGUUCGGUUUGUACGUGGUGUUCAUCACUGUCAGCUUCAUCACCAUCAUAUGUAUCUGGACCUUGAGCAACAAUGCCGUAUAAUUUAACUAAAGGGUUAAAAGUCUGAUCGAGUUUCUGGAUCUUGGAAAUGUUUGGAUGUAUUUAUCAGAGUGGGCUAACUCCUGUUUGGAUCAUAUGAAGUUUUCACUACAAUUUUGAACAAGAACCUGAAAGGUUUUUUAGUCCUGCCAUCUUUCAGUGACAUUGCUGAUAUUGUAUCCAACCUGCAUUUAAUUUAUACAGAUGGGGAUUUCCUGAAUUUCUCCUUGCAUUGACUACUGCUAUGC